AUGUCGGGAGGAAAGACGCUCCGCGUCUUCUGCUUCGGUGACUCGCUGACGGCGGGGUACUCGGCCUACGGCGCCGUCUACCACCCGUACUCCAUCGCCCUCACCAAGAAGCUCUCGCGGGACCUCUCGGACACACAGGUCAUCGCGACGGACAACGGGAUGCCCGGCGACGUUGUCUCGCAGGGCGCCUUUGCGAAGCGGUUCGAGAGCGAGUACUCGACGACCAGUGAUCUUGCAUACAAUGUACCGCCAGAAAGGAUAUUUGAAUCCCUCCGCCGGGUGUACGACUCGGCCAUCGCCAAGGGGAGCAAGGUCCUCGCGCUGACGGUCCCCGAGUGCGCCGCCAAGGACGACGAGCUCGACAGCCACCGGCGACAGCUCAACAACACCAUCCUCUCACACCAGUCACCAAACUACCACGCCUUCGACCUCAAUCCCAGAAUCCCCUACCACUCGCUCACCGAGCGGGAGCGGCAGCGGUACUGGGACGACGGCCUGCACCUCACGGCCGCGGGCUACGACUGGAUGGGCACCCACAUCGCCGAGGCCCUCGGCGACCUCGUCGAGCUGGAGCGGAACCCGGACUCGCGGAGGGCGCGGCGCGCGCGGCGCCACGUCGAGGAGGAGAUUUGCUUCGACGAGGAGGACGGCGACCCGCUGUCGCUCAGCGGCGGGUACGUGGUUGUGCGGAUGAGGGACCUGAAUUAG